AUGAUCUCAGUUGGUAGCUCAAUUGAAUGAGAUCAGUGACAUAUAAAAAGGAUAAUUCCACUCUCAAACUUCACAAAUGGAUCACUUGGAUCGUAGCCUAGAUAGUAUAUAUUUGGAUUUGUUGCAAACACAAAUGAGCGAAUCUCAAGACAUGUCUUCAGUAUGGGGAUCACAAACUCAACUCUACAAGCCCAACUCUCAGCCGGCUAGUACCUGCUCCACUCCCUCCACUCCUCCAUACUCCAUGAGCCUGGACCUAGAGAGGAAGAUGCUUGAACCAAUAGGGCCUGCAAGCUGCAAAAUGAUGGCUCCUGGCAUGCUCAUCACAGACAUUGGCAACCGGCACCAACCGAUGGCCAUGCCCCCCCCUCUCAUCACCGCUAAUACAGGCUCACCCGUUUCCAUGGGCUCUAAGAGGCGAACUGAAUACAUUGACCCCUGUCAGCUUGCACCCCUCAAGAAAAGAAAGAUACAGGUUGAACUGCUUGCACCUGAUGAGAAAGAGAAGGUAUUACAAAAGAGAGAGAAGAACAAGGCAGCUGCCGAGAGGUGCAGAGUUAAGAGACGUGAGAACAUUCAGAAAACGAGAGCUGAAUAUGACGAGCACUUAGAACUGAACGAAGCGCUACAAUCCGAUAUUCAUCAGUUGAGAGAUGAAUUUACGAUGCUUCAGGAACUGUUACGCAGCCAUCAGUGCAUGCUCAAGUCUCAUGCCUAAACCAUUUACUAACUAUUCCUCUUUCUUUUUGUUCAGGGCAGGUCCCAUAAUUAUAAUAACCCAGCAAAUUGCAAUUUUGUCAAUGUAAUUAUGUCUGACACUUUAUAAAAUGAUUUUGUCUAAGUAAAAA